CAAUUCAAAUGCCUGGUGCCAGUUUAAAUUAUCAUUCUUCUUUAUCUGUUGAUGAAACAGCAACAUAUUCUCGACGUAUUCAUCCAUCUCAACAAUAUUAUUAUCAUCAAUCAAUUGAACAAUCAAAUUUUUAUACAUAUCCAUCUCAAUUAUCAAUACAAAAUGAUCAUCAACAAAAAUCUUCAUUAUCAACAACAGAUACAAAAAAAUGUGAAUGGAAUGAACUUGAAGUUACUGGUAAUGUUCGUAAUUUAUCACCUAUUUUAUGGACAUUAUCACAAUUAACUAUUUUAUAUUUAAAUGAUAAUCAAUUAACACGAUUACCAUCUGAAAUUGCUUGUUUAACAAAUCUAGUCACACUUGAUUUAUCAAAUAAUAAAUUAAGAAAUUUACCAUCAGAAAUCGGUGAACUUAUAUCAUUACGUGAAUUAAAUUUAACAAAUAAUAGUAUUCGAAAUUUACCUUAUGAAUUAGGUAAAUUAUUUCGUUUACAAAGUUUAGGAUUAAUGGGAAAUCCAUUACCAGCUGAAAUCUUUACAAUUUAUACUGAAUCAAAUGGUUUACAAAAAUUGUUAACUUAUUUUCUUGAUAGUUUACCAUCAUCUCUUAAUGGUAUAAUAAAAGAAAAAUUUUUUCUUCAUCUUUUUUUUUAUGAAAAAUUCAAAAAUGUAAUUUAUAAAAUGUGUUCAAUUACUGAACCACGUCGUGCUAUUGUUUCAUGUAAACAUAUAUUUUCAUCGUAUACUAAUGAAUGUUCUACGACAACAACAACAACAACAACAACAACAACAACAUCUUCAUAUCGAAAAUUACAUGACAAUAUAUCGAAUAAAACCAAAGUCUUUCAAAUAUCAUUUGAUGUUGAAACAAAUUUUUUCGUUAAUAAUGAUAAAUUACUCAGGACAUCAUUAAAUCCACUUUCACCUAAUUUCUAUUCUCAUCAUCAUGAAGAAUUAAUAUCAAGUAACAUCAACUAUCAAUCGAAAAUAUCUAGUUAUUGUAGUAGCAGUACAAAUCCAGGUGAACAAUUAUCUCCAAUUUUAAUAAAUAAUGACAAUCGACCAUCAUUUUCAUUUUCAAUUAAUAAUAAUAAUAAUAAUCAUACAUCAUCAAUUCGUCGUAAAUCGUCAUCAUCAUCAUCAUAUGAAUCUAAUCAUAAAAUAUUAUGUUCAUGUGAAAAAGAAAAUAUAAUAAAUCGUAAACGUCCUAGACGAUUUUUUAAAAAAAUUUCAUCUUAUGAAAAUUAUCAAACAAAACGUAUGAAAAAAAAUUAUCGUUCAAAAAAUCGUAAACAAAAUUUAAAUAAUUCAUUAAUUAAAUUUAGUAUUGAUUUAACAGGACAAAAUAUAAAUUAUACAAUUGAAUAUCAUCAUAAUAAAACAAUUUUACCAUUUUAUUAUGAUUUUUAUUAUAUAUCAUGGUUUCAAAUAUAUUAUUAUUAUUAUUAUUAUUUAUAUUUCUAUUAUUUACAAUUCUUUGAUCGAGAAGAGUCUAUUCAACCACCACCAACACGAUCAUGGCUUCGUCUUGCAUCACCAAAUACAACACAACCAACAGCUAUAUUUACAAUAAUGAAUUAUAAUAUACUUUGUGAUAAAUAUGCAACACGACAUGUUUAUGGUUAUUGUCCAUCAUGGGCAUUAAAAUGGGAUUAUAGACGAAAACAAAUUCUUGAAGAAUUACGUUCAUAUUCAGCUGAUAUUAUUGCUCUUCAGGAAAUUGAAACUGAUCAAUAUUAUUCAUUCUUUUUACCUGAAUUACAAAAAAAUGGUUAUGAUGGUGUAUUUAGUCCUAAAUCUCGUGCAAAAACAAUGUGUGAACAAGAUCGUCGUUUUGUUGAUGGAUGUGCUAUAUUUUAUCGACAAUCAAAAUUUCGUUUAAUCAAAGAAUAUCUUGUUGAAUUUAAUCAAUUAGCUAUGUUAGCUGCAAAUGGUACAGCAUGUCAUGAUAUGAUGAAUCGUGUUAUGACAAAAGAUAAUAUUGGUCUUGUUGCAUUUCUUGAAACAAAAGAAGAAAUUUAUUCUCAUACAUUUUCAAAUGGUGUUCUACCACCAGAUCAUAGACAAAUGUUAUUUGUAUGUACAGCACAUAUACAUUGGGAUCCAGAAUAUUGUGAUGUUAAAGUUGUACAAACAUUUAUGUUAUUAUCAGAAUUAAAAACAAUUAUGGACGAUGCUAUACAAAAACAUCGACCAAAUUCAAAUAUACCAAUUGAUUGUACAUCAAUACCAUUAGUUCUUUGUGGAGAUUUUAAUUCAUUACCUGAUUCAGGUGUUAUUGAAUUAAUGCGUACGGGAAAAAUUUCAAUGAAUCAUGCAGAUUUUAAAGAUCUUAGUUAUGAAUCAUAUUUACAAAAAUAUUGUCGUAUUGAUGAAAAUUCAACACCAAGUAAUGAUAUUGUACAUCAUUUUAAAUUACAAUCAGCUUAUGAAACAACAUCAGCACCUAUUAUGCCCUAUACGAAUUACACGUAUGAUUUUAAAGGUAUUAUUGAUUAUGUUUUUUAUUCAACACAAUUAAUGCGUGUACUUGGUGUAUUGGGACCACUUGAUCCCGAAUGGCUUCAAACAAAUAAAAUAGUUGGUUGUCCACAUCCAAAUGUUCCAUCGGAUCAUUUUUCACUACUUGUCGAAUUUGAAUUGAAUCCAACAACAACAACAACAGCAAAUGAGAAUUUAAAAAAUUCAACAACAUCAAUAUCAACAAGACGACAAUAA